CCCAAAUGCGCCACUCGCCAUGGCUUACAACAUCUGCGCGUGUCCAAAUUCAUACGUUUCACUCGCCCACAAAAUCACUAAACUACGGAAUAACUUCAAACUCUUCUCCUCCGCCCCACCGCCACCGCCACCGCCGCCGCUGUUGUUUUCAUCAAAUCCACGCUCAUUCUCGAGAAAAGCAUCAAUUUUGACCCAUGCCGAUGCUCAAUCCGACGUCGUUACCUCCCAAUUUGAAGUUCCAUCUUCCAAUUCAUCCACCAAGCGCACCGAAUCCCCCUUUUCAGGGUUAGAAGCGGUGAUGACAGGAUACAUACUCGGGAAGAAGAAAUCCACAGAAGUUGCUCACGCGGUGUGGAAGAACGUCGUCCGGAAAGGGGACCGGGUUAUCGACGCCACCUGCGGAAAUGGAUACGACACCUUAGCAAUGCUGAAAUUGAUCGCUGACGAUGCGCGCAGAGGCCGCGUUUAUGCAAUGGAUCUUCAGAAGGAUGCUCUUGAAACUACUUCGUCUUUGCUGGAUCGAUCAGUCAGUACUCACGAGAGAGAACUUGUCGAACUUUAUGCCAUGUGUCAUACUAAAAUGGAAGAGCUUGUUUCUAAAGGUGAUACCGUGAGGUUAGUGGCGUUCAAUUUGGGUUACCUUCCGGGAGGCGACAAAAAGAUUAAAACCGAAUCGGAAACGACGUUACUUGCACUGGAGGCUGCCAAGAGAAUAGUUGCACCGGGAGGUCUCAUCAGUGUAUUGGCCUACAUCGGCCAUUCUGGUGGAAGGGAGGAGUUUGAGAAAGUGCAGUCGUUUGCAGCUGAGUUGCCUAUCGACAAUUGGGUUUGCUGCAAACUCCAAAUGUUGAACCGGCCUUCGGCUCCGGUACUUGUUCUAUUAUCUAGAAAAUGAGAGCUGUGGAUGUUUUGAUCUUUUAGGUUUGUACUGUUGUUUCCUAGGUAUAUUGAGCGGCGGCUUCUGCCGAGAAAACAUAUGAACAUGACGUAGGAAGUUGUUUUGUCACUUUGUUGAUUGUCUGAGAUUAGAAGUUGUUCCAUCUCAAACUACAGAAAAACAAAAACAAAACUGAGUUGCAUCUCAAUGAAAGAGUGAAUUGGUUUGACAUUAUUUUGUUCAAAUGUUUAACCCUGGCUGUGAAGUGUGAACUGAUUGAUUUGA